GAAGUGGGCGAGGGCCUCCCCUUUCCUCUCUCUCUGCCUUCAGCCUCAUCCCGACCAGACGGGAAGGGCCUCCGGAGCUCAGCUAUUUCCACCGGGAGGCCAAGGUAGGACAUGUUUCUGUUUAUGAUUCCAUUUUUAAGAGGCAAGAGGAUUACAACAAACAUCUUCACCGAUCUGACAGACAACAUGCAAAGAGUCGUGGUCUUAACAUUAAUGAGGAGGAAAUGGCAAGACCUGUUGCUGUUUUGUCAUCUUCAGAGUAUGGGAGACGUGUAAAUAAGCCCAUAGAGCAGCCGAUCAGAGAUUAUGGAAGGAUUAAUCGCAUGAAGGCAGAAUUCUAUAGCAAAAAUGGCAUCACCUGCUUAUCAGAAAAACCUUCUCCAAGCCUGGAUCCAUGCUAA